AUGGCGGACAGUGAUACCGAUGAUAUCCUGUCGGAGGGUUUCCUGGAACCUGGCGAACUAUUGGACAGCGACGACAAUCAGCCAGCCGACAACAGCACGUCGGCGCGGACCAGCCAGCCGAUGGCACAGCUCAACAGACCCAAAUUGAACAGAAAUACGUUCCAAGCAGCCACCGCGUCCAAUGCGGAUCAGCAGCUCACAUCAGACAUCACAGACAAACAAGUCCAGUAUAUUCUAAACAGUCUUGGCAUGAACAAAAACAACAAAGACAUUCAGCUGAAUGCUUUACAUUUGCACGGAGUCAUGGGAAUGACCACCAAAGAUAUAAUCGAUUAUUUUGAUAAAUACGAUCCUAAAUUUUUGGAAUGGGUAUCAAAUUCUGAAUGUAAUGUUGUAUGGCUGGAUGAUCGAAUGCCCACUAAGGCGUUAUUGGACUUAACUCGACCGAUACGCGAGCUAAGACAUAUUACGUCUGCAGUUAAUGAUGAAUUAAACAAUGAACAUGGAGCUUUAAAUGAAAAUCAAAAUGAUGACCACAUGGAUCAAGAUGACGUAUUAGUAUCAGAAGAUUAUGUCAGCUGUGUGGGUUACGAGUUGCCUCCAGGUAUGUGGCGAAAAGCGAUUAAGCCACAUGAAAAAUCCAAGUGCAUAUUGAUGAGAUACAGUACCGUGUAUGACAAACAAGAUGUAAAGAAUAAAAGUGCUGAUGUAGAAGACGGAGAUUAUGAAUUAUUUUCCCACGAAAGUCGUAAACGUAAGUUUAUACCAGUCAUCAAUCAUCCCGAUAUUGGAGAUGAAAUGUUGAAAGACGAUGUUCGGUGGAAAUUGGCCAAAAAUCCAGGAAUCAAUACUUGGACUGCAAUAGCCAAAACUUGGAGCCAAUAUGACAAUGCUAUGGAUAAUGCUAAAUACAAAUCCAAAGUACGCACUCCAUCACCACCACCGCCCACAUCAUCAUCAGGUGCAGCUAGUGAAGACGACGACGAUGAUGAUUAUAAUGAUGCUAGGUAUAGAGAAAGCAAAAUACCAAGAAUGCGUAUGUAUGCAGACGAUGAGACACAAGCUACUACAAGAAAGCGUUUGAAUUCAAGUUCAAAUUCAAGACAUCAAGUAAAUAUAGCCAACGACUUGCGAGAACGUCUCAACGGACGUUUGGUGUCUGCCAAAGUAGCAAAAGCAAUUCGCGCUGCUAAAGCGCAUCAGUAUCUUGAUGAUGAGUCGCUUGAAGUAGAUAUUGAAGAUGUUAAUGAUGAGGAAUACACUGAUAUUCCAUUUAGCC